AUUAGAAUUGGAAUUGAAAUUGAAUUUGGAAGUGGAAGAUUAGAUUAGAGUCGGAAUCUCCAGUCUCUACAGAAUUAUACUGCGACACGGAUCAUCAAUUUCGCUCGUCUUGCAAUUGUUGUAACUGUGCUUAAAAAAUUUGAAGCUUCGGUUGAGAGGCACUCGCUGCCAUUGACAGUUCGCCGUGGGAAGCGCCGGCCGGACGGCGGACAGGGACAAUUUCAACAACUCUCGGGUUGUCGGCCGAUUUACCAGAUUCCUUCGAUCAGUCUUGAGUACCGUUCCGGGAAAGAUUGAAUUUGUUCUUACUGAAGUGUGGGGUCGGGCGAGAAUGCGUUUCAAUCCGGAGGAGGUCUGAUUCGCACCAACCAUGUGGCUUUCCUCCCUCUGGAGACCCAGAAAUCGUUUCUCUUUGGAUGAGCUCAGAUAUCUAACCGAGCAGUUGAUGAAGAUUCAAGUUGUUAAUGAAGCUAGCAAGGAUUUUGUCAUUGAGGCAUUGAGAUCAAUAGCAGAGUUAAUAACUUAUGGAGACCAGCAUGAUUCAGCCUUUUUUGAGUAUUUCAUGGAGAAACAGGUCAUGGGGGAGUUUGUCCGUGUACAGAAGAUUAGCAGAAGUGUUACUGUUUCUGUUCAGUUAUUGCAAACCAUGGGCAUUAUGAUCCAAAACCUGAAAAGUGAACAUGCAAUCUAUUAUAUGUUCAGUAAUGAACACAUUAACUACCUAAUAACUUAUUCCUUUGAUUUCUCCAAUGAAGAGCUUUUAUCUUACUACAUAUCUUUUUUGAGAGCUAUUAGUGGAAAGUUGAACAAGAAUACAAUUUCUUUGCUGGUUAAGACAAAUAAUGAUGAAGUGGUUGCUUUUCCUCUGUAUGUUGAGGCGAUACGACAUGCUUUCCAUGAAGAGGGCAUGAUUCGAACUGCUGUACGUGCUUUGACUCUGAAUGUUUAUCAUGUUGGCGAUGAAUAUGUCAAUAAAUAUGUCAGCAGCACUCCUCAGGCAGAUUAUUUUCUGAAAUUGUUUAAAUUUUUCAGAGAACAGUGCAUAAGUUUGAAUGCAUUAGUGUUGGAUUCUGCAAAGAGCAACACCCCAGAAUCAGCUUCCACCACUUCUUCUGCCAUAGAUGAAAUUGAAGACAAUCUCUAUUACUUUAGUGAUGUUAUUUCUGCUGGGAUUCCUGAUGUUGGGAGGUUAAUAACUGACAGCAUUUUGGAGCUUUUAAUUUUUCCUUUGCUUCUCCCAGCAUUGAGGAGAGAUGCCAUUGAUGAAAAAAAGAUGGGUGCUGUAACUUCUCUAUAUUUACUUUGCUGCAUUUUGCGCAUACUGAAAAUUAAAGAUUUGGCAAAUACUGUUGCUGCUGCUCUUUUCUGUCCUGAAGAAGCUUUUUUACUAAAUUCUGAAGUGAAACUCAAUGGGCAUGUGCCUGGUUAUGGUUUUUCGGAUGAAAACCAAAACCCAGAAAAAGAUGAUCUUAGUACAGAGAUGCUCUCUGGACGUUUAAGAGAUACAAUAUUGAACUCAUCUAGUUCUGCAGAAAUUUACUCAGAGGAUGAUGUCCGACAACAUCAUUCUAAAGGUUCGCAGUCAGCUUUAAGGGAGGCUUUGCUUUCUUAUGUUUCCACUGGUGAUGAUGUUCAAGUUUUAGGUUCUUUGAGCUUAUUGGCUACACUAUUACAAACAAAAGAGCUUGAGGAAUCAAUGUUGGAUGCCCUAGGAAUUCUUCCACAACGCAAACAACAUAAAAAACUCUUACUGCAAGCUUUGGUGGGUGAGGGAUCAGGUGAGGAGCAGCUUUUUUCAUCAGAAAGUAACUCAGGGAAAGAUGGCAUCACUAGUGAACUUGAUAGCUAUUUACGAAGGCUAAAGCAGGAUCAGUAUGGAUUGCCGUGUUCUUUGUCAGAAAUUGGAUUGAGCCCCAGUAUAAACAGAUUUCAAGUGCUCGAUGCAUUGGUCAGUCUUUUCUGCAGGUCAAAUAUUUCUGCAGAAACAUUAUGGGAUGGUGGUUGGCUUUUGCGCCAGUUGCUUCCUUAUAGUGAGGCGGAGUUUAAUAGCUAUCAUCUCAAAUUGCUCAAAGAUUCGUACCAGAAUUGUACUAGUGGCCUUCUUGGGGAGACUAGAGGAACUUGGUGUGACCUACUUGUAACACUCCUCUGUGAUGAUUGGAAGAAGUGUAAAAAAGCAAUUGAGGCUUCAUCCCCUCAGAGAGAGCCCAAGUGCUUGCUAUUCCCAUCCCGGCAGUGCUCAUACACAGGACCUACAUUGGGUGAAUCAUCCUUUACUGCUGGAGAAAGAUUGUAUGAGUUGGUGAAGGUGUUUGUACUUCUUUAUCAACUACGGACUUUCUCUGUUGGUGGAGCUUUGCCUGAUCAACCACCUAUCCAGUUGCCAACUGAUGUCCCCGAGAAGUAUCGAGCCAAAAGCGCAGGCCUGGAUGGUUUCAGUCCAAAACCAGGUGUUGAAUUAAAGCUUGUUGAUGCAGUGCCCUGUAGAAUUUCAUUUGAGAGAGGUAAAGAACGCCAUUUAUGCUUCCUAGCAUUGUCUGUUGGCACAUCUGGGUGGAUUCUUCUUGCUGAAGAAUUACCAUUGAAACAGCAUUAUGGAGUUGUUCGUGUUACUGCACCUUUGGCUGGCUGUAAUCCAAGAAUAGACGAAAAACAUUUAAGAUGGUUGCACCUUCGGAUCCGCCCAACCACCUUUCCAUUCAGGGAUACCGCUAAAUGUGCUACCCAAGGAAAGCUCAAGACAAAUACUUUGGUUGAUGGGAGAUGGACCCUGGCAUUUAGGGAUGAGGUUUCCUGCAAAUCUGCCAUGUCUAUGAUUAUUGAAGAGAUGAAUUCACAAAGCACUGAGGUGGAGAGAAGACUAAAAACUUUGCUUGACCAUGGACAUGGAGCGGGGGAAAAUUUAUCAAACCCACCUUCAAGUACUCAGCGUCUGUAAGUUAUGUGCCAGUUUGAGUUCCCACCCAUAAUAUAAUAGCUUCACGUUAUGGGAUGGUAAUGUAUUUUGAGGGCCCAACCUCUUGUAUAUGUCGAGUGAGAAACCGUAGGCAUACAAAUGUAAAUUAGAGUAUGCAGUUAGUUCCAUUCUUUGUACAUUAAUUGCUCUCUCUCUCUCUCUCUCUCUCUCUCUCUCUCGUGUGGAAGUUGUUAACAGCAUUGAAGCCUCAUUCUUUAACAACUUAGCCCGGCUGUGCCUUUUGCUUUCUAAUUUGUAACCAUUGUAGCAUUAAUAUAUAAUAUAGCUGAGGCUACAUUUGUAAUUCUCUCUCUCUCUCUCUAUCUCUUUUGUCAA